AUGGAGUCACCGCGCCCCGCCCCCGUCACGAGACCGCGGCAGAACUACAGCUCCCAGGAGGCUUUGCGCCCGGCUCCCAAACCCCACCCCGUUUCCAGCGGGACACACCUUCCCCUCGUCAGCCCCGCCCUUCUGCCCUCUGAUUGGCGGAGAGCCUCCCUCGGCUCGCCCCCUCAUGCCCUAAUAUGGCGCGGAGCGUUGAAUGAGGGCGGGGCGCGGGUGUUGCGGGACGGGGACGGGGACGGGGACGGGGACGGGGACGGGGACGGGGACCUCGGCCUCCCUCGUUCCCCGCUUCUGUCCUCCCCCCGGGCGGCCGGACCCUCCCCUCGGCCCCGAAUGAACUUUCCUCUUCCUCUGCCUCCUCCUCCUCCGCCCGCAGUCCCUGCCCGUCCCUGCCCGUCCCCGCCACCGCCUUCCCCGUGCCGGGUGUGCGGGGACCGGGCGAGCGGGAAGCAUUACGGGCAGGUGACCUGCGAGGGCUGCAAGAGCUUCUUCAAGCGCUCGGUCCGGCGCAACCUCGCCUACAGCUGCCGGGGGGGCCGGGACUGCCCCGUGGACCAGCCCCACCGCAACCAGUGCCAGUACUGCCGGCUCCGCAAGUGCCUCCGCGUGGGGAUGCGGCGGGAAGGUGCUUCUUUAUACACUUAGUCGGUGCAGCGGGGCCGCAUGGCUCAAGGUCCCCCUAGCCCUGGGCAGUGCCCUGCGGUCCCCGGGGACCCCUACAGUGGCCACGGCUACUUGAGUGGCUUCAUCUCGGUGCUUCUCCGCGCCGAACCGUACCCGCCAGCUCGCUACGGCACCCAAGUCCUGCACCCCGGUGUCAUGGUGGGCAUCGAAAGCAUCUGCGAGCUGGCAGCGCGCCUCCUGUUCAGCGCCGUGGAGUGGGCCAAGGGCAUCAUCCCCUUCUUCCCAGAGCUGCCGCUCUCAGACCAAGUGGCGCUGCUGCGGCUGGGCUGGAGCGAGCUCUUCGUGCUGAACGCGGCGCAGGCGGCACUGCCGGUGCACGCCGCACCGGUGCUGGCGGCCGCUGGACUCCACGCCACUCCCAUGGCUGCUGACCGCGUGGUGGCCUUCAUGGACCACGUCCGGCUCUUCCAGGAGCAGGUCGAGAAGCUGAAGGUGCUGCAGGUCGAUGCUGCUGAGUUCGCCUGCCUCAAGGCUGUGGCCCUCUUCAGCCCCGAUGCGGCGGGGCUGUCACAGCCGGGGCGCGUGGCCGGGCUGCAGGAGAAAGCGCAGUGUGCGCUGCAGGAGCACGUGUGGCGGCAGCACCCGGCGCAGCCCGGCCGCUUUGGGCGCCUGCUCCUGCGCCUGCCCGCCCUGCGCAGCGUCCCCGCACCCGGCAUCCAGCAACUCUUCUUCAGCCGCCUGGUUGGGGAGACCCCCAUCGAGACCCUCAUCCGUGACAUGGUGCUGGCCGGUGCCACCCUCAACUGGCCCUAUGGACCCAUGCAGUGACCCCAGCACUGCCUUGGGAUGGGGAGCCCGAAGACGGGGACACCAAGGUUGGGAUCUCAAAGAUGGGGACAGCAAGGAUGGGCAACACCAAGGUUGGGACCUCAAGGAUGGGAGCUCAAAGGUGAGGACACCAAAGAUUGGACCCCAGCAGUGGGAAUCCAAAAAUGGGGACACCAAGGUUGGAACCUCAACAACAGAUGCCAAAGAUGGAACACCGAGGACUGAACCCCAACGAUGGGAAUACAAAAAUGGGGACACCAAGGUUGGGACCUCAAUGAUGGGAUCCCAAAGAUGGAGACACCAAGGACUGGACCUCAGCGAUGGGACCCCAACGUGGGGCCACAAAGGAUGG